UUCAUUUUUUGUAGAGGAAAACAGACUUUAAAACUGCGAGUAACCAAGGGUGGACCCCUCCCAUUCUCCUUUGACAUAUUGUCAUCUGUGUUUUGCUAUGGUAACAGAGCCUUCACUGAUUAUCCUAAAGGAAUCGUUGACUAUUUCAAGCCAUCAUUUCCUGAUGGAUACACGUGGGAACGAAGUCUUCAGUUUGAAGAUGGCGGAUCUUGCAUAGCCAAUGUGGAUAUAAGGUAUAAAUUUACUAAUUUUACGAUCAAAGACGCUUAAAAUUUAGAAUUAACUAAUUAAUUAUAAGAAAUAUAACAAUAUUGAUAACAAUAAUAAUAAAAAUAAUACAAAAAUAAAUUUUGUUACUGUCUCAUAAGUUCCUUUUACUUCGAUAGCCUUGACAGUAAACGCAAUUGCUUUAUCCACAAGUCCACUUUCACUGGGAUGAAUUUUCCUGCUGAUGGACCAGUGAUGCAAAAAAGAACAACUAAUUGGGAGCCUUCCGUCGAGAAAAUGACUGUGAGCGAGGGGAUAUUGAAGGGAGAUGUUACCAUGUUCCUCUCGCUGAAAGAUCGGAAAAAGCACCGUUGCCAGUUCCAUACGUUAUACAAGUAUGUUUUUUGAGUUUCUUUCUCAAAGUAACAAUAUUAGAGAACAGUUUAAGAUACCACGACGUCGGUGGCGAGCAAACGUCACUUAAAAAGUGACUUCACGCGUUCAUUGUUUCAUUACUCAGGUUUACCUUUUUAGCUUUUUGAUACUUUGGUUAACUACAUCUAGUUACGCUCUCAACGUUCCAGGCCCUCAGAUUUUGGGGACAGUGCAAAUUAAAAGUGAGCAGGAAAAAAUGAUUAUCUAAACGCCUGGAACUGCAGGUUACACGAGUAACUGGUUUAUAUUUUGGUCAAACCCAACUUUCAACGAUCGUUCCAGAGUAUUCACCCUAGGCUUUGAGUACUUCAUGUGGGUGGCAUUCUCUAGGUUUAAAAUGGAAUUGUGUUACAACACAAUAUAUAUUUUUUUCUGCACAGAGCAAAGAAGGCUGUCGAAUUGCCGACGGAAAGCCACUAUGUGGAGCAUCGCCUGGUGAGGACUGACCUUACUGCUGUAGAAGUUCAACUGGAUGAGCAUGCUGUUGCACGUUUAAACACCGUGUGA